GGUGAUGCCAAGUUACCUCGGGUGGUGAUGUGAGUGUCAUACUGCAAGGAACAUUGUGCCGUGUGUAGGAUAUGGUAGGAACGGUCGGAAGCAGGCCAACUGCUUGCAUGUCACCACUGUGUUUAAUGCUACCUCUACAAGGUCCAGAAGUUGUAAACCUCUCCGGCUGCAUCGAACGUCUACUCGACAUCAUCCCACACCACAACCAUACUUACUACACAUUUUAUCGCACGAUCUCUAUCACACGCUCUUUAAUACAUUGGAUUCGAGACUAUCGAUAUGGGUGUCUUCGACAUGGAGCAGGCAGAUGGACCGAACCCCCUUCUCCGGGCGCCUCUCGGAACUCCCGAGCCCAUCCGACCUGCAUUCGACCUGCGCCUUCUCGAGGGUGGCUAUUAUCUGGAUGGGGAAUUGCCCGGCUCCACAAAAGAUAACAUCGCUAUUGAAAUCAGUGGCUUUCAGACUUUGGUGAUCUCCGGCACUCUCCAACGCGCAUACCCUGGCCCUCCUCCGGACUUUAAACCCGACUCGAAGGUGAAUGCCGAGGAAUAUUAUUCGGUUCCGAUGCAUGUUCUUCUGGACAAAAUGCUCCUUGAACAGACCAGUGCACGAGAUGAGGAGGCUGAAGAAACCUGCUUUGCCAACGCCAGCCGUGCGCCUGUAGGUACCAAGGCUGGUGAAGCGGCCCCAAGUCCCCAUGUCCCGGCCAAUCGUGAUGGAGGCGCUUGGAGGGGUCAACCGGCCACGGGCGUGUGGAAUAAGCUUGGUGGACAGGGAACUCAGCCCUCCCCAGAUCAACGAGGCGACCGAAACCUGCAAGACGGGGAAAGUUGGCGAGGUCGACCAAUACAGCGAGACGAAGGAAGCUCACUAGAUGGACGCGCCCAGCAAGGGUAUGGAACUCGAGGUCGAGGUCGAGGAAGGGGACGGGGACAGGGACAGGGACAGGGACGGGGACGCGGACGGGGACGGGGACGGGGCGAAGGCAUUCAGGGUCGUGUAACCAUCCCGCGCCGGGAAGAAAUCCAAAAAAUGACUCCGGAGAGUGAAGAAGAUGACGAUCAACCCCGGCAAGAUGAACCAGAGUGGAAGUUGGCAGAGCGCGAGAUUGGAUUUUUCUCUCGCUCGUUCAUCUUGGACAAGCCGGUCGAUUGGAAUGCGGCAGAAGUGCGCUACAAGGACGGCAUUCUUACCAUCUGGCUUCCACUGGGGUCUAUGCCUGAACGGCCGGUUUGUCUGACCGUCAAUCGCGACUAGUUGUGGAGUGCUUUGGGUGUGUCGUUCUUUACUAGGUAGUUGACUUUCGCUGUGGGUGGUAUUGUUCUAGUAGAUAGCGCUAGCUUGAUCUGAAUGAAGCCUGACUGAGCAUUCUUCCACCCGAAUGUAGAUGGCAGCCAUGGAAUCUCGGU